CGCACGGUGUUUCGACAGAGCUAACGGUGAUUCACCCUAUUGACCCGGUACUAUGAUCACAUCGGAUUCACUACGACUGUUUUUAUUUUUACGUAAUUUGUCUAAAUCGUUCAGAAUCUUUUAGGACAACAUAUCCGAUUUUUUUUUUAGUAAGAUGCUUACAGUUGCUACCGGAGGCUGCUAAUAAAUGGUGAUUUGUGGUGUUUGCCAGUGAAAGAUGGAGCACAUCAGAUUGCCGAAGGUUGAAAAAGUCCAGCUGCUGGAUAGUGGCUCUUCUCAUAGGGCUCGAGUUGGAACAUUGUAUUUAACAGCCUUUCAUACAGUGUUUGUGGAUCAUGAGGCUGAGGAUCUCCCUGAACUAUGGGUGCUGCAUAGUCUUGUGUGUAACAUUAAGAAACAAAGUGUUACUGCUUUAGGAUACCCACUGCUCAUUCAGUGCAAGAAUUUCCAGCAUAUUCAGCUCAUCAUUGCACAAGAGAGUGACUGCAACGAUGUUUUUAUGUCACUCUUCCGUCUCUCGAGGGCAGAGCAAUAUGAGGAGCUUUAUUGUUUUUCUUUCAAGCCUAAUGCCAGCAAGGCUGAGAGGAACAAAUAUUGGGAAUUUAUUGACUUGACGGCUGAAUACAGUCGAAUGGGAGUGCCAAAUAAAUUAUGGCAUGCCACAUCUAUCAACCAAGAAUACAGGGUAUGUGACACGUACCCGGCUGAUCUGUUUGUGCCUAAAUCAGCCACACUUCCUGUCAUCAUAGGUAGCUCCAAAUUUCGUAGCAGGGGCAGAUUUCCCUCACUGUCAUACUACUGCAAAGGAACACAGGCAGCCAUAUGUCGCAGCAGCCAGCCUCUGUCAGGCUUCAGUGCCCGCUGUUUGGAAGAUGAACAGAUGCUAGCGGCCAUAAUGAAGUCCAACCCCAGAAGCCGAUUCAUGUAUGUUGUGGACACCAGACCCAAGCUAAAUGCAAUGGCAAACCGGGCUACAGGAAAGGGCUAUGAAAAUGAGGAUAACUACACCAAUAUAAAGUUUCAGUUCAUCGGUAUUGAAAAUAUCCAUGUGAUGAGGAACAGUCAGCAGAAACUAAUUGAAGUGUCUGAUCUUUGUUCCUCAUCCAUGGGGGAAUUCCUUUUGGGCCUGGAAAAUUCUGAAUGGUUAAAACACAUCAGAUCAAUACUAGCAGCUGGAAUCUUUGUCGCCAAGGCUGUGGGAGAAGAAGGCAUCAGCGUCUUGAUCCAUUGCUCUGAUGGUUGGGAUCGGACAGCUCAAGUGUGCUCCAUAGCCAGUUUGCUUCUUGACCCUUACUAUAGGACUCUUAAGGGAUUUAUGGUGUUGGUUGAAAAAGACUGGCUUUCAUUUGGACACAAGUUUUCUCAUAGGUACGGCCACCUAAACGGAGACCCCAAAGAAGUGUCACCUGUUAUUGACCAGUUUUUAGAGUGUGUGUGGCAGCUUAUGGAGCAGUUUCCCUGUGCCUUUGAAUACAAUGAGAGAUUCCUUAUCAGCAUCCACAGUCACAUUAAUUCCUGUCACUAUGGCAACUUCAUUUGCAAUAGUGAAAAAGAGAGGAAAAAUCUGUGCAUUAGAGAGAAGACUCACUCCAUCUGGCCUCAUUUGUGGGAGAAUAAAGUGGACUAUGUGAAUCCUCUGUUCAGACCAGAGCACAAGCUAACCCAAGGAGUUCUACAUCCCAAUACUUCCCCCUACUGUUUCAAGUUCUGGGGGGGUUUGUACAAUCAGUUCGACCGACGUUUGCACCCACGUCAGUCUGCGCUCGACUGCCUAGUGGCUGUGAAAGAGGAAACUCAGCAACUAGAGGAAGACCUGGCCAGUUGUGAACAGAAAUUGGCUAUACUGGCUAAAGAGCCACUGAAAGGCCUCUGUGUGAAAAAGCAUGUGCCAAUGUACAUAAGCCUAGCCAACAUACCUCGGGACUACAAUGGAGGAUUUUUUGGCAGUGGUCCUAAAGCUGUCAGCCUGUUUGGUGAUGCAACAAAAAGCUCAGACCAGGAGUCAGGAGAGACUAACUUCGAGUGUCAUUCCUCAAGCAAUGGCAACGCAUUUUCAAAUAAAGAUGGAGUCAAGGAUCCUAACUCAGAUAAAACUGCCUUCAAUGCUGCCUAAAUGUGGGGCAAAUGACAAAUAAAACGCCAUAUAAAAAGAAUGUAUCUAACUAUACAAAGACUGUGUGAAUUUUAUGUAUGCAUUUGACUUGUUCACUCAGUACUCCUUAAGUCUGUGUGCCUGUAUUUCUGCCAGUGUAAAGGCCAGGGGUAAUAUUUAUUACAUUUUGGUUUCACAUUUGCAUGAAGUUAUUUGUGAUACAGAUUUGCACAAUGCAAAAUACCUCAUAAUGCUAGUGUAUAUAUUUAUACCACUAUACUGAGUAUAUAUAUUUAUACUACUAUAAGACCACUACUACUUAGGCUUGAGACAGAAAAACGCAUUUAGAUCCACUAGGUUAUAUCUAACCUAUGUAGUUAAUAACACUUUCUUUUGUUCAGAGUAGAGGUCAGUAUGUUUACAAAAUGGGACACUGUCUAAUAUUUCUGGGGGGAAAGAAAAACACUGGACCAAAGCAAGAAUGACAAAUUGGUAAGCAUGUGUUCUCAAUGUGUAUUUUAUGUAACUGUAUAAUUAUCUCUACAAAUUGCUUUAUUUAUAAUGUUGAAUGGCUGAGUGUGGGGAUAUGAUGAACACUUGUAACCUUAUAUACUUUAAAAUGAAACGUUAUUUCUCAGUGUAAGCACUCAUACAUCAUUGCAAUGUUUCACAAAUAUUAAUAAAUAACGUUAAUUAUA